AUGACGGGCGAACAACAGCACGAACCACCAGGAAAGCCGACUUUAUUAUCGACGUGUUUCCUGUGUUGCAAACCGAACUUCGUUCCGAAACGACCUCGGAAAGUCGUCCAGGACGUCCUCGCGUCUUUGCAAAAAGACGAGUGGCUCGGUCCGAUUUUUCUUCCCAACGACGUCCACUCCAAACGAGUCCACCAGUCGUGCGGUCUGUGGUGCCCGGAAGUGUAUUACGACCACGAGAAAGAACGACUGAGGAAAUUACCGGACGCGAUUCAACGGUCGAAGAAAAUUCCGUGUCAUAAGUGUAAACAGAAAGGCGCGGCGAUCGGGUGCGUCGUUCCGGAAUGUCCGAGGAGUUACCACUUGAUUUGCGCGCACGACGAUAAGUGCGCGUUUAACACGAGCACGUAUUCGUUGGCGUGCCCGAUGCAUAUUAAACGGUUGACGAGUAAAAACGCAAUCGAGUGGACGAAUUUCGCACUGGAGGAGUUGUUACAUCCCAAAGAGGAGGAGGAGGAUGAAGGAAACGAAGACGCGUUGGAAAGAGAUUCGGAAGACGAGUUUAACGGUGAGAACAAAAGAAACAACGCCUCGAGAUUUAGAGUUUCGAGAACAAUCGCGGACGACGGUAUGUCGUACUUGCCGUUAGCGGCGGCCAGAGCUGGCGCAGAGAUUAAACCGAGAGGGAAUAAAGCCGCGCGAUUCGACCACACGUUCGCGCGAAGUCGCGAGGCUUUGAUUCGUAAAUCCGUCCAAGACGCCGAACGGAGAGAACGGAAACGGAAAGAAAACGAAAUAGACGAGAUUAUUCUACACGCGAACAACGACGAGUUGGCGUUUCACAAACGAGAGAAAAACAGAAAAAUGAAAGAUACGACGCGGAUCGAACGCUUCACCGUCGGAGGCGGGAGUGUAAAUACGGAAACGAACACGUUUGGCCAUCCCGACGGGUGGGAUUCCAUCGCCGGUAACCCGGAGAUUAUACACGCGUUGAAAGAAGUGACCGUUUUACCGUUGUUGUAUCCAGAUAUUUUUAAAGGCGUGGGUGUGAAUAAAGCGCGCGGGAUUUUACUCCACGGCGCGCCUGGGACCGGGAAAACCGCCGCCAUUCGCGCGUUGGUUGGCGCGGUUGCGAAGCAGAAUAUGAAGAGAGUCAACGAAGGCGGCGGCGAAGACCAACAAAAAAUAACCUUCUUUUGUCGCAAAGGCGCGGACUGCUUGGGUAAAUAUUCCGGCGAAGCAGAAAGAACGUUGCGAUUGAUCUUCGAAGAGGCGCAGAAAUGCGCUCCGAGUGUCAUAUUCUUUGACGAAAUGGACGGAUUAGCUCCGAACCGAGCGAACCAAGCGAGCGAUUCGUCCAACAUUCACGCCUCGGUCGUGACGACAUUAUUAUCGUUAAUGGAUGGCGUUUCCGAUCGCGGACAAGUCAUCGUCAUCGGCGCAACAAAUAGACCAGACGCUAUCGAUCCAGCGUUGCGACGUCCCGGUCGGUUCGACCGAGAAAUCUUAUUCUCGUUGCCGAACGAAGACGCGCGAUUCGAGAUUUUAAAAUGCCACACUUCGAAAUGGACGCCCAAACCGCCUACGGAUGCAACAUUGCGUUGGGUCGCGAAGGAAACGAACAACUGCUCCGGUGCCGAUUUACGCGCGACGUGUAACGCGGCGUUGAUCUCAUCCUUGAUGCGGUUUUUGCGAAAUCAAUUGUUAGUGAAUCCUCCGACGAUUACUCGCAACGUUCACAAAGCGAAAAAGACAAAAAACAAACUCCUCAACGAGUGUUUCCAGAGCAGAGACGAGUUAAUGGCGAUGUUUGACCACGCGUUACCGGAGAACGAAACGACUAAGAAACUCAAGAGUUUCGUCACGAAACAGCACGAGACGGACGUCGUUCGUCACGUCGGUCGCGAGUUGACGUUGCGAGGCUGGGACGCGUUGGGCACUCGCGUGGAAGUGUAUUGGUCCCGAGCGAACACGUUUCGUCGGUGCACGAUAUCCUCGUUCGAUCCUACAACUUUGCGACACAGAUGUGAAUACGAUGACGUCGAAGGUUCGAUGUUUCGAAACGGCGAGAAGAUUAUCCGCGAGGAGUGGUUACCUUUGUUUCGUCCCGGGACCCUGGUGAAAAUUUUAAAAGCUGAAGACGAGGAUCGAGAAAUUCUCGACGAGGCGAAACGGAACACGAUUAUUGAAAUCGCCGUUCGCGCGAACGCGUUGAAGAAACGACACAAAGAAAGUUUAGAAUCCUUCGUGUUGGCGCAAAGCAAAGGCGAAGUAAAAGGUGUGGAGCGCGCGGAUUGGAGAGUUGGUUUGGAAAAGCACAGCGGGAACAAGGCGUCCUCGAGAAGGUCGUCGGCGUUCGCGCGCGCGCCGGUUGGAGAGGCGUUACCGAACUAUUUAAUCGGCACGACAAAACUUCACGAAUGCAUAACGUCGGCGUCCAAACCGAUGAAGAAAAUAGGUGGAUCUUUGAGUAAAAUUCUGUUCGCAAACUGUCCGGCGCAAACGUCUUUACUCGGAUUAGCGAGUCUUCAAUUACAGUUGGAUCCGGUGAAAGUCGUGUGUCAAAUCGACUUGGCGUCCAUCCUCGAACGCGGCGACGGCGACGCGUUGAUCGGCACGCAAAGAAUAUUGAGCGAAAACUUGGUGAAAUUAAAAAUCGCCGAAGGCGAAGACGAAGAAGACAACGUCAUUCUUUUGCUCUUACCAAAACUCGAGACGUGGGCGCUCGCCGCCGAGAUGCACGAAAGCGACAGGAUGGAAGGAGGGGGAGGGGGAGGCGUUUUAACCACCUCCAAAGCAUGGGAUUGCGUCGCGCAAACCGUGGACGACUGUCGCGGGCGGGGUAUCGAGAACGUCUUCCUUGCCGCGACGUGUGCGUUUGAUUCGAAACAUUUACCGAAAUCCAUGCGCGCGUUUUUUACGACAAAGACGUAUUCAAAUGUCGGCGACGUGUUGGACUUGGAUGCGUUGAAAAUGAAGUUGGCAGAGAACGUCGUCUCGGCUUCGUUCGUUCCCGUGUUCUUUCGAGAACUUUUACGGUUAGAAGAAGAACAAGAAGAACAAGAAGAGGUUGAAUACGAGGACGAGGACGAUCACGAAGAAGAGGAAGAACAAAAAGAGGAAGAAAAGGAACGCUCCGAUUUCAUCUUACUCAAACGUCUUCAAAAAGAAAACGACGACAUCAGUUCCGAGUUGCGCCUGUUAACCGCGCACUUAGUCCGUUUAGACCGCUUGAAACCGUUUUUUGAGAGCGAAGCUGGCAGGUUUUGGAGAGACGUGGACGCGAACACGUGCUUGUCCUCUCUGGACGAAUUCGUGGAGUCGUUACAGUUGGCGACGGCAAAAAUCACGCGUGGCCGCAAUCCAAAGUUCAUCUUAGGUAACGGGAAGAAGAUGGCGUUGCGAAGCGCCGCCUCGUAUUGCCUAGAUUUGACCGAGGAGUUCAUCGUCGCCAGAGGUUUACGACAAAUGCAAAAGAAAAGCGACGAGACGAAGAAACAGUUGACGAUGUUGAAAGCAGCGGAACCUUUGAACGACGACGACGAGGAUGGAAAAGAAGAACAAGAGAACAAGAAGGAAAAUAAUGUUCAAGUGAAAGCGACGACGACGACGACUCGAAAGCGCAAACGCAGAACAUCUUCCUCUCUCCGUCAUCGCUCUGCGCCAGGAAUAAACGCGACGAUUAAAAUCAAACGUACCGUGUUACAACCGAUACUAAAAGCCGUGGCGGAAAAGAUGAUGUUCGUUACGUCCUCCACGACGACGACACCGACUCAUCUCACCGUCGAAGACGUCUUGCGCGAGAGAGACUCGCUCUCGAUAACUCUCGCUCGCCGCGCGAAGCUCGCCGCCGCGAGAGCCUUCGAGAAGAGAAAACGUUUCUUCUUCGCUUUUGAUAAAACAAACAACGAAGAAGAUACAGACGAAGAAGACCGGAUAGUGAAGAAAAUCAACGAAGAUAGUGCUCGCGAUGAUAGCGACGAUAGCCAUUUAGCUCUCAUCCUCCGUUCCAUGAUGGAUGGUAUUUUAUAA